AUGAACAACGAUAACUCUUCCGUUGGCAUCCCUGUUAAUGUCGGCAGCAGUAGUACUGCUGUAAACGGAGGCCAUGCUCUUCCUGUAAGUACAAGUCCGCCUACUGGUGGUCCCGUCAACAUUAAACAAAAGACUGAAAGUAACACUAAUCUUACCAAUUUUUCCAGCUCUAAUAAUAUGCCUAAUUCACAGACGGCUUCUCUCAACAACUUGAGUCAGCAAAUCCAGGCGCAAUUACAACAACCAAAUGUUACUCCACAACAGAAACAAAGACUUUUAUUGCAACAAAGAGCCAUUCAACAACAGCGACAGCAACAGGCAAUGCAAAAUUAUGAGAAUCAGUUCUACCAAUUGUUAACAACUUUAAAUAGGAAACCAAAAAGGUUGUAUAAUUUUGUUGAAGAUACUGAUUCUAUAUUAAAAAAAUACGAACAAUACAGACCAAGUUUUGAGUUCCAUAUUUACGAAAACAACUACAAGAUUUGUGCUCCUGCUAAUACUAGAUUACAAAAACAACAAAAAUCUCCAGAAAUUUCAAAUAAUGGGUUAGUACUGACAAAAAAUAACGAAACUUUAAAAGAAUUUUUAGAAUAUGUUGCGAGAGGUCGAAUUCCAGAAUCUAUAAUGGAAGUCCUGCGUGAUUGCAAUAUUCAAUUUUAUGAAGCGAACUUAAUCCUGCAAGUCUAUGACCAUACAAAUACAGUUGAUAUCGUACCUAAAGAUCAGCAAGAAACGUCUCAAACAAAAUCGGACUCCACCGAUUUAAGCCCUAAGAAAACACAGGAGGAAAUGAAUGCUGAACGAAAUCAGUCGGAUGUCAAUACUUCAAAAGAACCAUCUCAUCAAUCACAACAGCAACAGCAACAACAGAAAAGAGCCACAGCUUUUAAGCGACCCAGAGUGUAUAGAACUUUACUAAAACCAAACGAUCUAACAAACUACUACGAUAUGAUGACAUAUGCAGAUCAAGCUAGAUUUUCUGAUCAUAUUUAUCAGCAGCUAGAAUCUGAAGUUUUAAUAUUAACGAAAAGAAACAUUAACCUUGAUGUCGAUUUAAACCCUUAUGAACACACAGAUAAACUAGAUCCUAAUGAUUUUGUUGAGCCUGUUUGGGACGCAUCCAAACAAAAACUCGAAUUUGUUCACAGAGAGGAAUCAAACGAAGAUGGAACGAAAGGCAAAGUGGGACAUAUUGAAGAGCACGAAGAUUUGCCACAACAUAGUUCUAAUUAUGAACAACUAAUGUUAAUUAUGAGCGAAAGAACUACAACUUCUACCAGUUCAACAUUUGCGGCAUCAAUAGCCAGACAGGCUGCUGCCACUUCGCCGAACGUGUCAGGUGGUAGUAGUGGUUCAGCCUUGAACCGAACCGAUAGUGGUUUUAUAUCAAGAUCUAAUUCCAAUACAAGAAACGGAAAUACCUCAGAAAACCAAGUUUCUAUUGCUGCGGCUGCUGUUGCAGCUGCUGUCAGCUCUAACAUGGGUAAUGAGAAUAAUCAAUUCAGUAGAUUGAAAUUCAUCGAACAAUGGAGAGUAAAUAAGGAGAAAAGAAAGCAACAACAGGCUUUGAAUUUGAAAAACAAUAAUGGUAUUGCUGCUAUACCUUUCAAUACUAAAAUUUCAAUGACUACACCGCUUACACCGGUGCAACAGCAGCUGUUACAACAAAAGCAACAAGCACAACAGUUACAAAAGCAAAUGCAAAAUGGUGACGGAAGCACUAGUGGGAAGGCUACACAAGCCAAGGGUAAACGUGGCCAAAAUUCAAGUACUGAUAAAUCCAAAACUAAGAGACCACGAAAGACCAAGAAAACAGCAGAUAGUGAAGAAUCUUCCCAAACAAAAAAGAAAAAGGUCACUAAGAAGAAAGGGGCGGCUGGCUCAACAUCUGUAGGCACACCAAAUUCAAUCAAUACGUACACAGGAUCCGCAUCAGAUAGUAACACACCGAACAUUUAA